UCUGAUACCGCGAUAAGAUCUCAUUGAUGGCUUACAUAACAGUAGAACAUAAGGCUGCCAAAAAGAUUGGCGUUACGUCCGUAGGCCGUAUCUAAUCAUGGAUUAGUGGGUAUGUGUGACGGCUAGUUAAUGCCAUUGUGGAUGUAAACACGGUGGAACAUGGCCGCUGUGAACGAGCUCUGCGAUCUGCUCCAGGCACAUGCUAAUCGAGAUAAGGUGGUGAACCUAGCAUGCUACGCUCUCAAGCUAUGGGGUCUCUCAGCCAAGCGACAGGACGUGCUGACAGCGAGCGCUCGCCUGGCGGCCGCCAGAGCCUCCCUGCGACUCUUCGAUGAUGCACUGGCGUUGAAGACUGCACUUGCCUACGGGCUGGGGAAGCAGGAUGGUCCAUUCUGGGGUUCACUAGGCGUGGCAAGCAGUGCAUUCGCUCUAUCCUACCUUCAAGCUGAGAAGCUGUCGUUUCUCAUCGACACUGGCAUGCUACACGUAUCCAAAGACACAGAAUUCAAAAUAAGAACGGCGCACAAACUCUUCUGGUCGCUGUCUGCUUUCGUCGGCUUCAUCAGAUCAAUCCGUGCCCUAAACGCGACAUCCGAAGCUCUGCAAUCCCCGCAGCGUACAAAAUGUGCUCCAGCACGCUUCACACAAGCUUCUCUCACCACCACCAAGUUCCUACUGGAUACCAUACAUGCGGUGAGCUGGUUACCUCCUGGGUGGCUGUGGGGCAGUCGGUUGAGUGCGGAGAAUAUGACAACUGUGGCUACUAUGUCGGCUGUGUUGGGGCUUGUCAUACAUUAUCAUGGGAAGAGGUUUUAAUGUGACAAGAUAGGAUGAUGGUUGUAAGAGUUUUUACGACGUGUGGAAAGUUUAAGAAAUUGAGAGUAAUGGAGUUGCAUUUAAGAUGAGUCGAAUAUGCAAUGUGAUCACAAGAUUCAUUGCGAGACACUAAUUAAUCCAUUUAGGUCAUAUACAUAAGUGCUCAAGUAUUUAUUAAAUAGACGAAAAUUAUUGUGAAGUCCUAGGUUUUAGCAACUAAACGAUUUGCACUUUAUCGAUCUUCCGCUCUGAAGAAAAAACUACUUCGAAGGGUAUCAUAAAUCAGCUUAAAACAUCAGAUAACAGUGUCAACUCAGGCGCAUUAAUCUUAUAGACAACAGAUAAAAUACGCGUUAAGCUAGUCUGCCGAAUUUAUUAGUUAAAUAGAUUAGAAUAUUCCACUGUAUGAUAAUAUUAUUAAGUAUUAGAAUAAGUUUUUAUUUAAGUCUUCUUUAGGGUUAAGCACAAUGUACAAUAAACCGCUAUUUAUUGAAAAUUAUAUUUAUUUAAAGCCAAAAUAA